CUCGGAAUGGACCCUUAGUUGGAUUUUUCAUGUAGAGCCCCCUGUGCUUUUGAAAAAGUCCAUAAGCAGCUUUGGGGAACCACCUUCAUGGAAAUUCCAAACCAUAGCUCCUCCUCCUCUUUAUAUAGGAAGCUGUGUGAGUAUUCACAGCUAAGACUCGAUCUACACAAUACUCACUCAUUCUUCUGCUCACAGUACAGAGGGUCCUGUAGAUCUUUGGACUCUUCUGUCGGAGAUCUUGGACUUUUGUAUUUAUUACGUUUCCUAACUUUUCUUUUGGGAUUUACUUUUCUUUUUUUUUUUUUUUUGGUGGAUUAACCCCUGGUGUGGACCUUUCGACAAGAUGUGCUCUAUCAGCGAUGGCAGCACAGACCCCUUGCUAGCCAGGUUUAAAGUUCUCGAGGAGACGGUGGAUAAACUGCACAGGGAAAACAGGUCUUUGAAGACGAAGCUGCAGAGUUACAAUACGCUCAGCACUUUCUACCAUGAAGCCAGGCAGCAGAACAAGAACCUCAACAAGCAGCUGGCUGAGAAGGAAGCCCUCAUCCAGCAGCUGAAAGUUAGCCAGAAGACGCUUACAGCUGCUGCGGAACAUCAGGCCGAGCCCCCUCGAUCGCUUAUCGAGUGUUUAAUGGAAGAGCUCAACAGAAUGAGGAAUGAUCGCAGCGAAACGGAGAGGAUUUAUCGUGAAAAAGUGGAAAAACUCAAUCAGGAAAUCCAAAAACUUCAAAAGCAGCUGGAGGAUAGAGACAAUGAGAUAGAGAAGGUAUCCAGCUGGCCUCAACAGGAAAAAGAUAUGGAGCUCCUCCGGCUCCAAAGAUCCCUUGCCGAGAAGGAGAGAGUCCAGGCUACUAGUGAAGUUCUGUGCCGGUCACUAUCCGACGAAACCCACCAGCUGCGACGUAAGCUUUCUGCCACAGCGGAGAUGUGCCAACAGCUGGUCAGGUGUCUUGAGGAGGCCCGUCAAAAAGAUAACCUGAAUUCAGAACAACAUCUAAGCCAGAAUAUACAUAAAGAGAAUGAGCAUGACGCCACCUUGAGAAAGUUACAGGAAGAAAACCAGCGAUUAAAACAGAAAGUAGUACAUGUUGAAGACUUGAAUGCCAAGUGGCAGAAGUAUGAUGCCAGCAGGGAGGACUAUGUCAAGGGUCUUCACCUACAACUGAAAGAACUGAAGGGCCAAUGUGAGCAUUCCAAGAGUUCACAGACAACACACAAACACCCGGACCUUUUACAGAAGGAGAUCUCCAGGCUGAACAGGUUGUUGGAAGAAAAAUUAAAGGAACAUACCAAACUCCAGCAAGAAGCUGCUGAAAUGGUCCAAGCUAGGAUUGUCAACCAGGAGAGAAUCCAUAUGCUGGAGCAACAGUUAAUUGUUUACAAAGAUGACUUCACAUCCGAGCGAGCAGAUAGAGAAAGAGCACAAAGUCGAAUACAGGAGCUGGUGGAUGAAAUUUCUGCUUUGCGACGACAGGGGAGACGACAGGAUGACAAAGAAUCUGCUGUUAAACGGAACAAAACCUAUACUAAGAGAAACGUAGGCGACACUCAGCUAGGCCUGAAUGUCGAACCUGCAGAAAACAGACUACAAGCUUCCCCCGCAGACCGUCCAGAUCGCCAAAGGAGUUCUACCACCGAACAGAGAGGCCAAGACGAGCUCCAGUGUCCUCGGUGUCUCAGGAUCUUCCAGGACAGACUAGGAGAGAACUUUUUAGAACAUAUUUCUGAAUGCUGUCAGUGACUGUGACUCUUAAUUUAGAGAUAGAACCACUACAUGGCAUAGGUGCAUAAUACCUGUGUUAACUAUGCUGCUAUCUUCCUUGGUUUACCCACCAGGUUUUGGGGUGGGGGUCAGUCUAAGUAGUAUUGAUGUGGGAGUCCUAAUGGCGUUUUGACUAUUGCAUUGACUGGUCAUAGCCAUCGCUUUCACUGGUUGGCAUAAAAUCUACUGACAGCCCUUCAGACUGACAUUCAUGACGAGCGGCUUGGAAGAGUAAUUCAGACUUAAAAUAGUAACCCUGUAGGUGCUAUGGGUAUGACCUAAGUCUACAUCUGCUGUAUCUAUAACUGUGGUGAAUAGUUUACUGUGAAAUAUCAUUAGCCUGGUACUGUGACUCUCAAAUGGAACUAUAUUGAAUGAUAUAGUAGUUUACUUGAUAUAUAUGAUUAAAAAAGGAAAACAAUAGAGUAUGGUGUGACCCAUGGAUUGGGUGUAGUUUACAAUAAGUUAUUGUAUUGUUAUUGUAUAUGAUUUAUGCCAUAUCAUAGUACAGUGCUGAAUAGGUGUGGUGAUAAGUUGGAAUUUCUUUUAUGGAAAUGCCUGGUUUCUUUAUGAUGGACAAACUUUAUUCGUGAAUAGUUGUUUACCUUUAAAAGUGAGUUGAAUAGUUUACAUGAAAUGGGACAAUACAGUUUUCAUCUUUAUACAUCAUAGGAUAAUAUGUAAUAUGUUGGCAAAGUGGCAAUUUUUAAGACCUUUGCUGGUACAGAUAGUUUUUAUUUUAUUUAUUACAGUACAAUAUAGUCUGUGCCAUCAUACGGCUGUCAAAGUAAAUAUUUUGUGAUGAAUCGUGAUGAUGUCCAAAAUUGUUAUAUUAAGGGGUAGCCCAGGGGUCAAGUCCUGGGAAAAAAAAGUGUGGGAACUCACCCAAGAUUUCCACUUAAAGGGGUACUGGACAUCUCAUACCCUAUCCGCUGCUGGGGACCACCACGUUCUCCCUGCUGCACCCGGCAUUCGUUUAGAGCGUUGGGUGCAGCGCCGGAGGCUCGUGACGUCAUAGCCUCUCAAUGCAUGUCUAUGGGAGGGGGCGUCACGCCCCCUUCCAUAGAAUUGAAUUGAGGGGGCAUUACUGUGACGUCAUGAGCCUCUGCCCCACAUCACCAGUCAUCUGGCAUGGAGCGAAGCUCGCUCCGUGAACCGGAUGUCUGGGGUGCCGCAGCCGAGAUCACGGGGGUCCCCAGCAGCAGGACCCCCGCGAUCAGACAUCUUAUCCCCUAUACUUUUAAUAGGGGAUACAAUGUCUACGGGCAGAGUACCCCUUUAAGGGCUGGUCCUACAGGACUCCUGCUAAUGGGAACUGCAUUCCUGCUGUGGAGAAAGUGAAGGAACUCCGUUCCCAUGAGUUCCUGCAGGACUUGAGCCCUGGGGUAGCCCCACUUUCAAGGAAAAAAGGCUUCUCACAACCCGAAAUGAUGCAGGCCAGCUGCCGGGCACAUUUCUGACUUCUGAACGCCAGUAUAUGAUAUAAUGCAUGGACAGGCUGUGAAUGAUAACACAAGCUUCCCUGAAUAUUCCUAAGAAGCCAGUCUACAUGCUGAUGGUUUCCAGGCAUUGACAAUUUAAUAAUAUUAAAAAAAAAUAGCAAAAAGACAAUUAAGAUGAAAGGACAAUGAAAAAAUACUAAAUUUUUACAUGGAUAAAAUAGACAUCCAAUGUUCAUCUAAGUUGGAGCUUCAAUUCAUCCUAUUGUUAGUUUUCCUAAAUAGACAAGAAUUACCUGUAUGUUACAGUAUGUCACAAUACCUUACGUCCUUAAAAGCUGGUGAAAGCUUUGGAAAAAUUUACUCUGCUGCUAAGGGGUCCAAGACCCCCAUGUUUUAUUAUCAGGUCAGAAUGACUAUAUCUCCAGAUUCAUUUUACAUGAUUUCUAGAAUUUUUUUAAUUUUUUUUUAUUUAAUUAAAUGGAGAUACAUUUUUGUAUUAAAUUGCACUGAAUACUUCACUUUAUUUAUUUUUGUUGAAUGUAAAAAUUUAUAUUUUUCUCGUAUUUAUUUAUUCUGGUAAA